UCGCCGCCGUCCUCUCCCCGCUCCCCACGCCUCCAACCCCUCUCCCCCCUCCUCCACCUCCGCCGCGCCUCGCCGGACUCCGGCCACCGCGCCUCGCCGGACUAGCCCAGGCCUCCCCGUCCCCUCCCCCCCUCCCGCCCGCCGGGGCAAUGGCUCACUGACCAGGCCGCCGAGGCGAGAGAGACGGCCGAGCGCCGCGCCCACGGGACGACGAUGAGCUCUUCGGCUUCGAGGAGGGAGGCGGCGAGGAGCGGGGAGCUCGGGCGGACGUGCGGAGCCGACGGCCCUCCCCCGAGGCCGGCCCCGGCCCCCGCCCCGGCCGCGAAGGCGCGGAGCGGGGAGCUGCUGCUGCCCAAGGGCGGCCCCGACGCGGCCGCGGCGGUGCGGCACGAGGGGUGGAUGGUGCGGUACGGGCGGCGGAAGAUCGGGAGGUCCUUCUUCCACACCCGCUACUUCGUGCUCCACAACAAGCUCCUCGCAUACUACAAGAAGCAGCCCAAGGACAACAACAUGGUGCCACUUAAGUCUCUUCUGGUAGAUGGGAACUGCAGAGUGGAGGAUAGAGGGCUUAAAACACAUCAUGGACAAAUGGUUUACGUUCUGUGUGUCUACAACAAGAAAGAAAAGGACAAUCCAAUCACGAUGGGUGCACGUAAUAUCGAGGAGGCCCUAGUGUGGAAAAAGAAGAUAGAGCUCCUUAUCGAUCAGCAACAGGACACUAUGACAGCUAAAAACCGUAAAGCUUUUGCGUCACUGGACUUUGACAUGGAUCUUGGAGGACCGCUUUCAUUCUCUGACCCUGAUAGUGGACCUGAAGACGAAGAGGAACCCCGUCCCAUGCUGCUUCGUAGGACAACUAUAGGGAAGGGUCUUCCUGAUUCUGUACAUGACUGGACCAAAGAGCCUGAUAUUGGUCUGUCAAAUCAGAACGACACCAAUCAAGCUAAUUCUAGAAAGAACUGGCGGCUGCUUAGAUGCCAAAAUGGGUUGCGCAUCUUUGAAGAACCUGUGGAGGUCGAAUACCUUGCAAGAAGCUGUAGCCGAUCAAUGAGGGCUGUUGGUGUCGUGGAAGCCACAUGUGAAGCCAUUUUUGGGCUGAUAAUGAGUAUGGAUGUAACAAGAUAUGAGUGGGAUUGUAGCUUCCAGUAUGGGAGUUUAGUUCAAGAGGUUGAUGGUCACACUGCAAUACUAUAUCAUCGGCUACAGCUGAACUGGUGUUCAAUGGUUGUCUGGCCACGAGAUCUUUGUUAUGUACGAUAUUGGCGGCGCAACGAUGAUGGAAGUUAUGUUGUGCUGUUUCGAUCUACUGAACACCCGAACUGUGGUCCCCAACCAGGAUUUGCGAGGGCUUCUAUUGAAAGUGGAGGUUUCAAGAUCACUCCUCUCAAACCCGUGAAUGGAAGACCUCGCACUCAAGUUCAACACCUUAUGCAAAUUGAUCUCAAGGGAUGGGGUGUGAAUUACGUCACAUCAUUCCAGUACCACUCUGUGCUGCAGAUGCUGAACUGCGUUGCUGGAUUGCGUGAAUACUUUUCCCAAAAUGAUGACGUUCACACAAUUCCGAGGAUUCCUGUGAUGAAUACUAUGGCUAGUGUGCCCACUGUUAGAAAGGAUCAGAAACAUCAAAAGGCUGACUCAAAGACCAAACAAGCAGACUCGGCUAACGAAAAUUCGGAUAUGAUAGAUGAUGAGUCAGAAGAUGAUGAUGACUUUCAAGCUCCCGAAUCUAGCUUGGAGGAAGAUGGCAAUGUUGACAGUGACGCAAAGGGCUCUGAUCCAAUAGAUUUGUCCUGCUUUUCGGGCAUUAUUCGUCAGGAUGCAAAUGAGAAAAGCCGUAACAGUUGGUCGGUACCUGAUAGCAAUAUCUUCAAAGUCCGUAGCAAGAACUUUUCACAUGACAAAUCAAAGGUAUCUGCAGGGAAGUACCUUAUGGAGCUUGUCGCAGCUGACUGGUUUAAGGAUACCAAGCGUAUGGAUCAUGUUGCCAAGCGUAAAGGAUGUGCUGCUCAGGUUGCUGCUGAGAAGGGGAUGUUCAGCUUUGUAGUAAACAUACAAAUUCCCGGGUCAACUCAUCACAGUUUGAUCCUCUACUUCGUCACAAAAUCCUUGAAAAAAGGAUCGCUCUUGCAGCGUUUUGCCGAUGGCGAUGAUGAUUUCCGGAACAGCAGACUGAAGCUUAUCCCAUCUGUUCCAAAGGGAUCUUGGAUAGUGCGACAAAGCGUUGGAAGUACCCCUUGCUUAUUGGGAAAGGCUGUUGAUUGCAGCUACAUUCGUGGCCCGGAGUACAUUGAAGUUGAUGUAGACAUUGGAUCCUCAGCAGUAGCCAAUGGGGUUCUAGGCUUGGUCUUUGGUGUAGUUACCAGCUUGGUAGUCGAUAUGGCUUUUCUCAUACAGGCAAACACAUACGAUGAGCUCCCGGAGCAACUCAUAGGCGCCGCACGGUUCUCGCACAUUGAACCCUCCGCUGCCGUAGUUCCCGUGCUUGACGACACUUCCUCAGCUGUGGAGUGAAUCAUUUGUGCAAAUUUUCUACUUCUUUCCUCAAACUCCUCCCUCCAUUUGUCCGAGCCACUGCAGCAGUUUGCAAAUUGUAAAGCAUCAUCAGUGAAGUUCAUACGGCUUAAUUUUUUUUUCUUACCAGUUUCAUCCACAUCGAUUAGUUGCUACUAGUUGCUAGGUGCUUAUAUGGCGCAGUUCAUGUAUGUACAUACUGCGGACCUUAGCUUAACUGCCGCUCCUUCAGUUUCUUCUGUUGAAACGGCGGUACUGUAGCUACAUUAUUCAUGGAUACCUCACUUGAUUCUUUAUUGUGUAUAUAUACUAUGCCUUACACUUUAUAUGCUACAUUUGGCAACAAUAGUUUAAUUUAUUGCUUCACUUGCCUGGGAGAUUUUUCUCUUGGGGAGUUGAAGAAUUUCACUA